AUGCCGCUCGUUAUUUUAACGGGGUACCCGUGCUCCGGUCUCACCUACCGUGCCAAUCAACUCGCAUCUCUGAUCGAGAAACACCAAGAUGAAGUAUUCGCAGCAGCCGAAGCAGGCGCGCAGGUCUCCUUGAAGUCCCGAUACAAGGUGCACGUGGUCGCUUCACACGAUUCCUCCCAUCCACGGAUUGUCUACGACCAUGCCCGCACCGAGAAGGAGGCACGCGGCGUCGCCUACGCGCGAACCAAACGCGUGCUCAAGCGGGACAGCAUUGUCAUCCUCGAUGGAAUGAAUUAUAUCAAAGGAUGGAGAUACCAGCUGUGGUGCGAGGCGAAAGCGGCGCAAACGACAUGCUGCGUGGUUCACGUCGGGACACCCGUCGACCAGUGCGUCGCCAACAAUGACGCCCGAUUACGCCGAGACGCCACCAAGGAAACAAACCCCAACACAUCGGAUGCGCAGACCUCCGAAUCCCAAGAUACCCCCGCACCCGACUCAGAGUCCACCGAGGACAACGAGGAAGCCUACCCACCCGAACUCCUCAACAACCUCAUCUUCCGCUACGAGGAACCAAGCACGCACAGCCGCUGGGAUAAGCCGCUCUUCACAGUCCCCUGGGCGGACCCCGAACCCCCGGUAUCAGACAUCUUCGAAGCCCUGACCGGCGUCGUCCUCCCCUCGACGGAAGCACCCACCGAAACCCCCACCGCAAGCCUAAUCGACGCCCUCAAAUCCACCACCAUCUCCGACGUCGCCAGCACAGCAACCGGCACGCGAGGCGGCGGCCGCAGCGGAAUCUCCACACGCGCCCGGAUCAUCCCGCACCAAGCCACCGUGCAGGCAGCGGCAACGGACUCGAACGCAAUGUACGCAAUGGAGAAGCGGACGUCGGCGGUCGUGACUGCGAUCCGCAAUUUCACGCAGACAUACUCGUCGGCGCAGGUAGCUCUUGCGCAGAGCAGUCGCAGAGAUACAAUCGCCAUUGACGUGCCCGAGACUAUUCCCAUACUUAUUCCGGCUCAUGUUGCCAUGGCGGGAACGACGGAUGAGCUCGCUGCUGCUGGGGGGAUUUUGGCGUUGCCGCGGCUGCAGAGGCUGCGGAGGCAGUGGAUUAGCUUGCAUAGAUCGUAUGUUGGGCGGGGUCAUGGUUCAUUGGCGGCGGAUCAGAUUGGAGAUGCAUUUGUGCGGUUUCUCAAUGCUGAGUUCUCGGGUGCGGUUACGGAGGCUGCAGAGGAAUAG